AUUGCAUUUUCAUAUAUAUUUUUAUAGAUUACUCAGCACAGAACCGUUCUCUCUCUCUCUCUCUCUCUCUCUCUCUUCCCUCAAAAAUUCUUUGUUACUCAUCACAGGGUGCUUGGCUUGCAUCAAAUGAUUUGAAAAGAGAGGGUCAAAUCAAAAGAAGUCCUCCUGUUUUGAUCUAUUCACAGGUGGGUUUGAUGCAUCUAUGUUUGCCUUUGAUGUAUCCUUCCUUCUAUGUAUGUUAGCCAUAUAUAACUGUAUUGCUUCGGUGGGUGAGACUAACUGUGCGUUUCAGAGAUGUUCAUGAAGCACGUGCGCACUCCAAUUUCCCUCACACCAGAUUCAUCAUCAUUACUUCUUCCACUUCACUGUUUAUUUCCUUCUGAGAAGACUAUAGCAUCAAUUAUCGAGAGUGAUUUGAUGGGUUGAUCCCAGAAAUUAUACCCCAGAUUCAUCACAAGGCUGAAGUGAAGUAACAAUCUUAUUUUACCCGAAACCGAUGGCGACGUACUUUCAUGGUAAUUCGGAUAUCCAAUCAGCUGGUGCCGAUGGACUCCAAACUCUUGUCCUCAUGAAUCCUGGCUACAUCCACUAUUCUGACGCGCCGCCGCACCAACCACCUUCUCACGCUUCUCACGCCACCGGCAACCUUGUCUUCCUCAAUUCUACCGCAGCCUCCGCCGCCACAACUACUAAUGUUGCCAGCAACAACUGCUUCACCCCCCACGCGCCACCCACUCACACCCAACAAUUCGUGGGCAUCCCUCUCCCCGCCGCGUCACAAGAGCUUAACCACCAGUCCAUGCAUGCGCAUCACGACGUCUCUGCCUUGCAUGGCUUCAUGCCCCGCAUGCAGUACAAUCUCUGGAACACCAUUGACCCCAACUCGGCGGCGCGUGAAGCACCACGCGCCCAGCAGGGUCUGUCUCUGAGCCUCUCCUCCCAGCAAGCAGGGUUCGGGUCUUUCCGGGUUGAUCGUGAGGGUCAGGCGCCUGCUAUGUCUGGUGGGUCACCGUCCUCGGCUUCUGGGGUUACAAACAAUGGUGGUUCGGGGGUUCAGAGCGUUCUUCUGAGCUCAAAGUAUUUGAAGGCAGCGCAUGAGCUUCUAGACGAGGUGGUGAAUGUUAACAUUGAACUGGCAAAGAAGAGUGGUGGAGUCACUAAAGUGAUUGGAGAAUCAUCCGCAGCAGCUAGUGGAGACGGUUCAAUAGGUGGAGAAGGGAGUGGGAAGCGUAGCUCUGAGCUUUCAACUGCUGAAAGACAAGAAAUUCAGAUGAAGAAAGCAAAGCUAAUCAACAUGCUUGAUGAGGUGGAGCAAAGGUAUAGACAGUACCAUCACCAGAUGGAGAUUGUGGUUUCCUCGUUCGAGCAAGCUGCAGGGAUUGGCUCGGCGAGAACUUACACUGCCCUUGCACUGCAAACAAUAUCUAAGCAGUUUCGGUGUUUGAAAGAUGCCAUAACAGGUCAAAUUCGAGCUGCGAAUAAGAGCUUAGGAGAAGAUGAUUGCUUUGGAGGUAAAAUUGAAAGUUCAAGGCUCAAAUAUGUUGACCAUCAACUAAGGCAACAGCGAACUCUCCAACAAUUGGGAAUGAUCCAGCACAAUGCUUGGAGACCCCAGAGAGGAUUGCCAGAAAGAUCUGUUUCUGUUCUUCGUGCUUGGCUCUUUGAACACUUCCUCCACCCUUAUCCCAAGGAUUCAGACAAGCACAUGCUUGCUCAUCAAACAGGGCUUACUAGGAGCCAGGUUUCAAAUUGGUUCAUAAAUGCUCGAGUUCGGCUUUGGAAGCCAAUGGUGGAAGAAAUGUACUUGGAGGAGAUGAAGGAGCAUGAAGAGAAUGGGUCUGAGGAUAAAUCAAACAAGAGCAAUGAAGAUCCUUCUAUGAAAAUGGCAGCCCCACAAGAGAAAGGUCCUGCCUCUGAAACCGAAGCAAAAAGUUUCAAUUCCAAACAAGACGUUUCCAAAAGCCACAACACUCCAAUAGUUUCAGUUUCAAGACCAUCAACAUCACCACUUGGGUCAAAUGUUAGAAACCACUCAGGAUUCAGCUUCAUUGGAUCAUCAGAACUAGAAGGGAUCACACAAGGAAGUCCCAAGAAACCAAGGAACCAUGAAAUUAUGCAUUCACCAAUUAGUGCCCCUUCAAUUAACAUUGAUGUCAAGCCCAAUGCGACAAACAAUGAGCAGCUCUCAAUGAAAUUUGGGGAUGAGGGGCAGAGCAGAGAUGGCUACUCUUUUAUGGGAAACCAAACGAACUUUAUUGGUGGUUUUGGACAGUACCCAAUUGGUGAUAUUGGUAGGUUUGACGCAGAGCAAUUCACACCAAGGUUUUCAGGUAACGGGGUUUCCCUUACUCUUGGUCUUGACUCAUUACCAGGAACACAUCAAACAUUUCUCCCAAACCAAAACAUUCAACUUGGAAGAAGCCUGGACAUAAGUGAACCAAACGAGUUUGGUGCCAUAAACACUGCCUCUCCUCACUCUACAGCUGCUUAUGAGAGUAUCAGCAUGCAAAACCCAAAGAGGUUUGCUGCACAAUUGUUGCCAGACUUUGUGGCCUAAAUAAAGAAAGAUAUUGAAGGGUGAGUAAUGUGGUAGCACACUAGCACUCGCUUUUUCCCGGUCGUUCAUAAUUUCUUCUAUUCCCUCUGCUUAUGAUGGGGAGUACUGAAAAUUUGUAGUUUAAAGAAAGAAGGAAUUUUACUUUAGUAUAGGUUUAUACUCUGCAUAGAACCAUUUGAGUUCUAAGAUAGCUUAGGAUUUGAGAGUAUAUGGUUGAGGUUGUAUAUUAUUUUUGUAAGUUCUGAAGGUGGGAUAGAUGGAUUGAUGUCAUAAAUUUUAAUUUGGUAAAGAUACCAAUAUAUCUU